AACAGCAUUACAAUAAAUAUACAAUAAGCAUCCACACGGCACGUGUGGGAGACUGUGCUUAUGCUGAUGGCAUGGGCAGGAGGAAGGCAGGCAUCUGGGGAGUGUGGGUGCACGGGAGGACAGGGAGGGUCCCACAGGCUGUCAGUGGCAGGUCUUUCUUCCUGAAGACCACUGCAGACCCCCAACCCUGAGGAUGCGAGGCAGGUGGGUUGGAUGAGAGGGACCUGGGUGUUUCGUCUGCGGCUGCUCCUCUAAGUACAACAGCAAAGAGGGUGGGCCUGGACUGAAGGUGGUGCUGGGGAGCAGCCUGUUUGCUGUGCUUGAUCACGAGUUGCUGGGAAGUUGUGACAUUCACCUUCCCUUUCCAAUUUCCUAGUUAUCUGGGAGGCCAGAGGACGUGUCUGGUUAUUACACAGGUGCACACCUGGAGGUGGGAUCCACACAGCUCGGAACAGCUGGAUCUUGCUCAGUCUCUGUCAGGGGAAGAUUCCUCGGAGGACCACACUGUGUCGACCCUCUAUUCCUGCCCAAGGAGGAGGCCCCGCAGUGACAUGGAGGGAGCUGCUUUGCUGAGACUCUUUGUCCUCUGCAUCUGGACAAGCGGACUUUUCCUUGGUGUGGGAGUGAGGGCAGAGGAAGCUGGAGCGAGGGUGCAGCAAAACCAUCCAGGUGGGACAGAUACAGGAGAUCCUCAAGAGAGCAACAUUUCUCUUGAGGAUUACCUUAAUUAUUUCCAGAAAAACGUGAGCCCACAGGAGCUGCUACUCCUGCUGAGUGACCAUAAAGCCUGGGAGAGAGUGGUGGCUACUGCUGAACUGCCCAGGGAUGAGGCAGAUGAGCUCUAUAAAGCUCUGAACAAGCUUAUAAGACACAUGGUCAUGAAAGACAAAAACUGGCUCGAAGAAGUCCAGCAGCACAGAAAGCGGUUUUUGGAAGAGUUUCCUCGGUUGGAAAGGGAGCUUCAGGAUAAAAUAAGAAGGCUCUGCGACCUUGCAGGUGAGGUUCAGAAGGUCCACAAAGGCGCCACCAUCGCCAAUGCGUUCUCCAGCACUCUCUGCGUUGCCUCUGGUGUCCUGACCUUCCUCGGCAUGGGUCUGGCACCCUUCACAGCGGGGAGCAGCCUUGUGCUCUUGGAACCUGUGACGGGGUUGGGAAUCGCAGCCGCCUUGACCGGGAUUACCAGCGGUAGCAUGGAAUACGCAAAGAAGCGGGCACAAGCUGAAGCCCAUGAACUGGUCAACAAAAGCCUUGACACCGUGGAGGAGAUGAACGAGUUUCUGUAUCACAACAUACCCAACUUUAUUUCCUUACGUGUCAAUCUUGUCAAAUUCACAGAAGACACUGGGAAGGCCAUCCGUGCCAUCAGGCAAGCUAGAGCCAACCCUCACUCAGUACCGCAUGUCCCAGCCUCACUCCACCGGGUCACUGAGCCAGUCUCAGCUACAAGCUUUGAAGAGAUGGAGAGAGUUGGAGAAAUGGAGAGAGUUGGAGAGAUGGAGAGAGUUGCUGAAUCCCACACCACGGAGGUGAUCAGAGGAGCCAAGAUCGUUGAUAAGGUCUUUGAAGGCGCCCUUUUCGUGCUGGAGGUAGUCAGCCUCGUGUGCCAGUUAAAGCACUUACAUGAGGGGGCAAAGUCAAAGACAGCUGAGGAGCCGAAGAAGGUGGCUCAAGAGCUGGAGAAGAAGCUAAACAUUCUCAACAAGAAGUAUGAGACUCUGAGCCAAGAACCGUGACCACAGGGCAGGGCAACCACCAGGGGAGAUAUGCCUGGGACGGGCCAAGACAAAAUGCAAACUUUUUUUUUUUUUUUUUUUUUUU